AAAAAUGUCAGUAACACAUUAUUUUGACGUGCUCGCAUGAAACUUGAAGAACAACCGGAAAUGGGGGAGCCUCGUUAGCUCACUCAGGAACACAACUUGAAUUACGCCGAGAAAAGUUAUAGCCGUGAGAAAAAAGUGUUUUUUUGUUGUUGUUGUUGUUUUUGUUAUUACGCUUACUACAUGCUAUAGAUUAGUAUAAAGUUAGAGCACUGAAAAGUGAAUUCGUUACUGGGUAGGUGACAACCGUGGGCAAAGUUGUAAAUUGGAAGGGAAGUUCAAGCUAGCUCGAGUAAGCUAACUUGGUCUCACGGGGACUCGCGCGGAGCUCGGACACAGUUGGAGAAAACUGCCGUAACGACAAAGGUGAAGCUUGGUCGUACUUUGUUCGCACCGAGAAUGUCGGAGCUGAGCGACGAGGCCAGCGAGUCCGAGCAGCUGGGUGCGAGUCUCUCGCUGUGGCUGGGGGAGUCGCUGGUGAGCGCCGAGGAGCUGGACGUCCCGCUGGACAUCCAUACCGCCUGCUCCAUCGGCCAGUACGACGUGGUGGCGAAGUGCAUUCAAAGGCGCGAGGUGGACCUAAAUGGGAAGAACGUCGGAGGAUGGACAGCCCUGAUGUACGCGUCGUACAUCGGCCACGACAACAUCGCCAAUCUCUUGCUGGAGGCGGGCGUCAACGUCAACGCCACCACGGCGAAAGGGCAGACCCCCUUGAUGCUGGCGGCCAGCUGUGGGAACGAAAGCAUUGCCUACUUUCUGCUCCACCAAGGCGCGGAGUUGGAGGUGAAGGACUCUCGGGGCUGGACGGCUCUUUUCCAUUGUACGAGCACGGGUCACCAGCAGAUGGUGAAGUUCCUGCUCGAUAACAACGCGGAUGCCAACGUGAGGGAGCCCGGGUCUGGAUUUACUCCCCUGAUGGAGGCCGCCGCUUCUGGACACGAAAUCAUCGUUCAGUACCUGCUGGAUCAUAAGGUGAAAGCGGACGAGCGCAACGCCAAAGGGGAGACGGCCCGAGCCCUCGCCAUGUUGUACGGCUACACCAAGAUCGCCAGCCUCAUUGACUCGCACGCUCCCAGGAACAAAGCCGGACACUUCGAAGACCUCAGCUCCUCCGAGGACUCCGACGGCGCCCCGUCGAGGCCGCGAGCGAGCCGCGGCCGGGCGAAAGGCGUCAGCAUCCACGACGGGCCCCAGGCCAUCGCCAAGUUCCGAGUCGGGGGCGCCGGCCGGGCCGGGGGACCGAGCGAGCCUCGCGCCGCGUCGGCCGGCCACGGGCAGAGCGACGGCAUCCGCUUUCGCGACGUGACCUCGCCCAUCAAUGAGCUGGACGGGCAGAGUAACAGCAGCAGAGACGACAGCCCGUUCUUCGACAACGACAUGCCCACCAUGAGGAGCAGCAGCAGCAGCGAAGGUCUGCCUCACGUGAUGGGCUGGGAAGGCUCCGUGGAGAGCAACGAGGACUCCGACCAGUCCAAAAAGAGCAGCUCGCGUCGAGUAACUAAGGCUCAUCACUCCAAAGGCAAAAGUCGCCACCCUGGCAACGAGGCAGUUCACGGCGGAACGGCGGGGAUGUGCUCGCAUGUUCCGCCGUCCUACAGUGGUCCAAAGGAUCUGGCAGAGUUCUUGGAGCAACUCGGCUUCUCCAAGUAUCUGCCUUUACUCGAGGAGCAAGACAUCGAUCUCCGCAUUUUUCUCACCCUGACUGAGAACGACCUGAAGGAAAUUGGAAUCACCUUGUUUGGUCCCAAGCGCAAGAUGACCUCAGCGAUCGCAAGGUGGCACAGCAGCGCUCGCCCCCCCAGCGACGCCCUGGAGCAGUCCUACGCCGACCAGCUGGAGGCCGAGAUGCAGGAGAUGGCCAUUCAGCUGCACAAACGCUGCGAGGAGGUGGAGGCCCUGCAGAGUCAGGUGUCGCAGGAGAAGGAGCUGCGUACCGUGAUGGAGGGAUGCCUGAUGGAGGACAAGAUGGCCUGGAGGAGGGUCCACGGCGAGCUGGUGGAGAACCACCGGCUGAUCCAGGACAUGAACGCCGCGUCGGCGAAAGCCCGCGCGUGUUGCUCGGAACUGCUCGCGUUGUUGAAUGGCGGGCAGGUGAAAAGUGACGCGACGGGGGAGCUUGUGAAGAAACUCAACUCGCACGAAGAAGAACUGGCGAACACCUUACAAAGCGUCCUCCAGAGUCUGAGGCGGCUGAGCGCUCCUGAAAAAGUGGCAGACAGUUGGGAAAGGCCUUAAACUUUCCAGUGGCUUCUGCAACAAUGACGGAGGGUGAAAUGACCACCCUGAACAAUGCCAAGGGGGGAGACCGGGUCGGACGCAGCCCACCCGGACGCAUCGGAGCACGCCAGAUGCGGCCGACGCCUGACGGCCUCGUGACAAGCAGGCGAGUGGUAGGGGGACCCGUGACCCUGGUACGCUCGCGUUGGUUCUCCACGGCGGAAACGCUGGGAAAUGAGAUUCUAGGUCCACGGCGGCAAAAGGAUGGGAGCCGGCGGGCCGCAACGCAGGCCCGUUCGGUUCUUCAAUUUGUUCCGCCGAGCUUUUAGUAUAUAUCAAGAGUGAGUGCAGUCGGAAGUUUCAUUUUAUCUUAACUUGCUCAAUUCAUAAGAAUGUAGUUUAGUAAAAUAAUAGUCCAUGAAAUGCCCAAACUAUUUUUUAUAAACUCAUCAGUAAAUUAUAAAAAAUAAGCACAAAUUAUUUUAAUUUUUGAGGAUUUAUGUUUUAUCUGAUCUCCGAGUAAGCUUAUUGAUUCGUCUCUUAGAGCAAAAUUUUGGAGGUUUGGCAAUGUCCUGCUGAAUGUAUUCAUAACGAAAAUCUCUCAAAAUAAAUGUUUUUCAAGUUAUCGACUCUUUUAAACUUUCGGACGCUGGUGUGUACAAGUACAGUAAUAUAGUCUAAAAACCAAAUUCCACCAUAUGGAGCAUAUUCCUAAUCAAACUUGUGUAUUUGGAAAAUAUUCACAGCGCUUUACUUUGACAGC